UUUGAUUGGAUUAAACGUGAUAGAAAAAAAUCUUUAAAAUGUGUCUCAAUUAACAGUAUCUAGCUGUAUUAGGUUUAAAAGUAUCGAAAGAAAAUACUUUCCUUCUCGCCUAAUAGCACCUGAAAAAUCAAUUCAUGUUUUAACACUACGCGCAUAUGUAUCAAAACCACAUGAGAAAUUUCAGUCAUGGUCCAAUUAUUAGAAUGUAAACAUUUGAUGGAUUUAUAUGUUGUAAUACAUACUUAUACAUUAGUCCCAAUAUCUUGACUUAACCGCCUUAUAUUCGACUUCUAUAAGUGCCUACAUCCUUGGCGAUUAUGUCAGUUCAUUACGAGUUAUUUUUAGUGUAAAAAUGUUUAAAGGGACAUGUUAUGUUGGAAUUAUAAGUUUGCUUGUGAUCUCUAAAUACAGUAAAGUUUCUUCGGACAGGAGUUCUGAGGAGGACAGUGUUUGUGUAUCACCAUGGGAGAAGCUCCACAGAACAUGUAUCCAGUUCAUAAACAAACUGCCAAUCCUUACUUGGCAACAAAGUCGCGAUGCGUGUUUAGGCAUGAACGCUGACCUACUGAGUAUCAACAGCAGACAAGAGAAUGAAAAGAUUAAAAAGUUGUUGAAGCAUCAUGUCGAUAAUACUGCGAUCUUAGAAUGGUGGAUUGGCAUUCGACAAGUCAAUGGAACCUGGCAGUGGGUGGAUAACGAGGAGGUCUACGAAAAAAUGCCGUCAUGGGCUAAUGGUUUUGGUGGAAAUUCUGACUCAGAAGAGGAAAACACUUUUCUUGCCGAACAAUGCGCUGUUCUAGACUACCAAAGACACCUUAGGGAUAAGGAUUGCAUCGUUGAAUUAAGACAUUAUAUAUGUGAAAAACUUGCAUCGACACCGUCCACAGUGACACCGUCUACAGAAACACCACGUAAUACCUCUGCAUAUACAACCACAAGGAAACCAACAAACAAACCAGUCACAGAAUAUCCAUCUAAUAUACCUACUGGAAGGCAAACAAACAAACCUAUUACUGGACGUCCGCAUAGCAAAUCGACUGGGAAACCAACUCAAAAACCAAAUACUGGUAAACCGACAGGGAAACCACCAACUGGAAGACCAACAGAGGCACAAGAAACUACGACAAAGAAGCCGAAAGAAGACAAGGAUGAAUUUUUAGGUUGCUUUGCUGUCAAUUAUGAAGACACGUGCCCAGCGGUACAAGCAUUCGGAAUAUCUUGGCCAAGCUCUGAUGCUGGUAAAAUGGUUAAAGUUUCUUGUGGUAAAGGUCAUGCAAAAUGGAAAUGUGACAAGAAGCCAACUUGUUGGAAAGAUGAACCGGAUGUGAAACAGUGUACAUCAGAAAGUAUUCAAAAGCUUACAGCCCAGGCAGAAGAAUUUCUAGCAAACACUAGCGAUUCUGAGCAAGCUAUGGCGUUUACGGAGAAUUUAGCUGCUUCUGUGGAUUCAGACGAAGCGAUAUCUGAACAAGACAUGUUCCAGUCCACAAAACUGAUGGAUGCCGCUUCAAAAGCCAAACCGAAGAAUUCUAGAGAAGCAAAGAAUAUCAUCAAGAAUGUUGCUAAAUGUGGAAGCAGUUUGGUUAGAAAAGACAGGAAGAACGUGUGGUCUAAAAUGAGCACGGAAAGUCGACGAACAGUUGCAUCAUCACUGCUUAGCUCCAUGGAUUCUGUCACUAAGAAAAUGCUGAAAAGUUUUGACAAACCAACAGUAGAAAACAUUGAAGAGGAAAACAUGGCUAUCGAGUUACAAGUUAUUGAUGUAAAUCAAGAUGAGUCAAGUGCUGAUGAUGCCAUGUUCCAAGGAGAGUCUAAUAGUUUUGCAAUUCCUCCAGAGAACCUUAAGCGAUUCAGUACAGGUGGUAUGGCACGAUUGGUUUUUAUCAACUACAAUAAUGUUGGACCUUUGUUGAUUCCAACUGAUGAAACAGCAGACGACAAUUCAGACCGCCAAGUAAUCAGUCAAGUGGUCAGUGCUUCUCUAGACGAGAAAGCUGAAGGAAAGCCACUUAUCAAACCUGUUCUGUUUACAAUGAAAACAGUAAGUUAUAGAGCGUUGAAUCAAGAACUGAAUCAGCAGUUAUGUUCAUUUUGGAAUUUUAGUCUUGGAUAUACUGGGGCAUGGUCCCGGAAAGGAUGUUCCCUUAAAGAUUAUAACGAUACACACACGACUUGUCAGUGUGACCAUCUCACAAAUUUUGCAGUCCUCAUGGACAUUCACAAUACCAAGCUGACGCCGAUUCACGCAACCACCCUAUCCUAUAUUACAUACGUCGGUAUCAUCAUUUCCAUCAUCUGCCUCUUCCUCACGUGGGUCACAUUUGUCUGUCUCAGUAUAAGAUGUAUACAGGGAUCAAGGAGUAGUCAUGGGCAUGGUGAAGCCAAUGAAUAUUAUGGAGCAAGUGGAAGUUACUCUGGGUCAACCGCCGGUUCACGUUCUGCACAAGGAGAGAGAAAUUGCAUACACAAGAACCUUGCAUUCUGUUUAUUUAUUGCCGAAAUAUUGUUUCUUGCAGGAAUUGAAAGAACAGAUAAUAAGGUCGCCUGUGCGAUCAUCGCAGGAUUCCUGCAUUACUUCUUUCUAUCCAGUUUUACAUGGAUGUUUGUUGAAGGCAUCCACAUACUGUUCAUGCUUGUACAAGUCUUUGAUGCAGCAAAAUCCAGACUCAGAUAUUACUAUGUUAUUGGAUAUGGCGCCCCAUUACUAGUUAUUGGUAUUUCUGCACUAGUAUAUUAUGAGGGCUAUGGAACAGAAAGAUAUUGUUGGUUGACUACUGACAGGAUGUUCAUAUGGAGUUUUGCGGGUCCUGUUGCAUUCAUUCUGUUGAUGAAUCUCGUUGUACUCGUGUACGCAAUGUCUACGGUUUGUAAACACUCCGAGUAUGUGUUUGAAGAAAAAUCCAUGUUUGGAAGCUUCAAAGCAUGGAUACAAGGAGCUUUGGCGAUGGAAGUCCUACUUGGGCUGACAUGGGUUUUCGGAUAUUUCUACAUCAUUGAAGAAGCAAUUCCAAUGGCGUACCUUUUUACAAUAUUCAACAGUACUCAAGGGCUUUUCGUCUUUGUAUUUCACUGCAUUCUCAAUAAAAAGGUUCGAAGUGAAUAUGCACGUUUUAUAUGCUAUCCAAGGAGGCCCGUUUCAAGUGCGCCUCCGUCGAAAGGUUCUCAUCAGAGUGACAAAGAUCCUCGCAAAUCUUCCUAUCAAAUGGAUGGGACUAGGAAACAAUCUGAGUUUAUGGAUCUGGACAAAGACAGACACCCUUCAACUAAGUCUACUACAUCUGCUUAGAGUCAUAGUUUGCUUUGCUACUCACCAUGGAUUACAGUUAGUUUUGCAGAAAUGCCAUAUAGUGUCUACUUGUUUAUCGAUUAGACACGAUUUUAUUUCAAUAUUGUUAAAUCCCGGUUUAAAUAUGAUUCGUGUUCAUAUUGAUAAGAGUGAAUUUAGAAUGUUUUGUUUACUAGUCUUGAACGUUGUUAUCCCCGUUGAAAUACAUGCUUCAUAGAUGGAAUAGACCAUGCAGGUUGCUCCAACAUAGAAUGGAUCACACUUUAAGUACAUGUUUGUGAGACUGUGUCAAACUGUAGCUUUUUACUUAGAGUUUUCCAUAUUGUUGGUGCUAUGUUUAUUGUUUGGUGAUCUGGUUAUAUUAAUUACUGCUCUGUAUAAUCAUUUGUAUUUUGUUCCCGACAUGACAGCUUGUGCCAAAUUAUGAUUGUUAUGUUUAUUUUCUUAUUUUUAUGAACACGGACUGACAAAAGCUGUCUCGGCAAAACAAUAUUACUGUUGAUAACCCAGAUACCUUACAUAAGUAUAUAUGAAAAGAUUUUUUUUUUUUUGAUAACUUGUUGUGAAUAUUCAAGAUAUAAUUUUUUUUUUUUUGAAUGUGUAACAUUGUAAUUAUUCCAUGUUUCAUGACAAUUUCUUUAUUGCAAUUAUAUAUGUUAAACUUUAUUCUUUCUAAUAUAACAAAUAGGAUUCUUAACAAGGGCUGACACAGGAGAUAGCACACUAGACUAUUUCGAUGCCCGAUAGUGAAUGUAGGACACAUCUGGUGUAAAAAGAGUACCAUAACAUUUUUAACUAUAAAAGGGACAUAAUUCAUAAACUAUUUCUGCAAGAGUUAUGCAUUAUCUGUCAUAUCAUACGAUUAAUAAUGUGGAACAACUAUCUUAAGUUGAAAUCGAAUGCAUCCAAUAAUAAUAUAGGCUGUAUGAAAGUGCAUCGAAAGUUCAACAUGAAAUUUUAUUUAAAAAGGGGAAUAAUACAUACAAUAUUGAUGCGAAACUUACGGCCCUGUGUCAUAUGAAUAGAGUGCUGAUGAGCAAUAACUAUUUUGUUUGAAGUAAAUCCAUCUAUCAAUUAUAGAGGUAAAGAGAAAGUGCAUCAAAACUUUAACUAAGGUGUGGACAUGGAAUCGACGCCGACGCCUGGUCGAGUACGAUAACUCUCCAUAAACUUCGUACAGUUUAGAUUAACUUCGUACAAUUGAGAUUAACUUCGUACAGUUGAGCUAAAAACUAAAUUCAACACGUCAGUGUUGAUAUUAUUUUAAAAGAAUCUCACGGAAUAUUUAGAAUGUGGAAACUAUGAGCAGUACUCUGAUGGAUCAAGUACACCACGUUGUCUAUUUAGUAAUUAUUCCGUUAUGUACUGCUCACGUAUCGCAAAGCGAUGUAUGUGUGUGUCUAAAGGAAGGGCGUGCCAUAAAUUGUGUUCAUCAUACUUUCAUUAUGUACAUUUAUAGCAGGUUUCUUUUUUAUCUAAAUAAACGAGCAGUAUAGUUGUCAUUUAAGUGUCAUGAUUUUGAAACUUGAAAUAAAUAACAAAUAUAAAAUUA